GGUGAGUCCCGGCCCCCAUCCCGAAACCCACUCUUCCUUCCAGCUCCCUCUCUCCUCACUCUGUUCAGAGUGUCCAGACCUCAAACGGAAGAGCGUGGGUUUCCAGCAGGGAGAAAUGGAUUGACUCAAGCAAGCUUCACAUCCCAGGCGCCCUCAGGCGGGGGCAGUCCCUGCAAAACGCUUCUCCCUCGAGUGCCCACCCCGCGGUUCUCAAGGCCCCCGCUGCCAACCUGUCCUAUUUCCCCGGGAGAGUCUAGCCCCGCUGCCGAUGGAAUCCCUGCGCAGACCCUCCCUUCCCCUGGUGCCGUUCAGCGGCUCCUGCGAACCCCCUCCUGCGAC